UAUCAAAAUGCAAGCAUUUUCCUCACCUACUGCAAGCGACGAUGACCAGAAAAGGGACUUGGAGUAUUUGCUUGAAGUUUUUAGCUCUAUGUGCUCUCUUAAGGACAUAGCCUCUGCUUACUGCCAGGCGAGGCAAAAUGUAGAAAUGGCUGCUGAAAUUCUAUGUGCAUCACAUGUAAGUCCCUCAGACGGUGCUGGUUCAUCAAAAGUUAAAUUUGAGGGUGCAAGUGCAACUUCUUCGGAAGGAAUGUGAUGUAGCACAGCCCUGGGUGUGUCCUAUGCAUCCUGCAUCAGAAUGUCAUCUGACAAAGUUCUUCAGAAUCCCUUAAAUGGAGCGGGCAAUACCAGAGCAUCAAAAUCAAAAAAAAAUUCUGGAUCAGUGGGUCCUGUUUCAGGUAUGAUUGGAAAAGAGUAUAUUAGGCCCAGAUCAUCAACAAAUGAAUCUGUUGAAGUGAAGAAACCAUUAAAGUUAGAGCUGAAAGAAGUGCCUGUCUCUGAGAUAUGGAGUGAAGAAGUUGAAUCAACCAUGCCAGCAGAAAACAGCAAAAUGCAUGCUGAUAUUGAAGAGUUUCUGUUUAAAAUGCUUGGAGAGGGCUUUAAACUUGAUAUGGAUGUCAUCCGAGAAGUUCUUGGCCAUUGUGGAUAUGAUGUGCAAAAGAGCAUGGAGAAUCUUCUUUUCAUGUCAGCAUCAACCUUGGAGAAGUCUGAUGAUAUUAUUGGCUUAUCUAGUUUAAAGUCUACAGAGAUGAGUCCAGAUCAACAUUCUGCCCAUAGUAAAUCACCAAUAGAAGAAAAGGAUGGGUUAGUUCCUCAGAAAGAGGUUUUAGAAGCAUUGUUUCAUGUUCCCGAAAGAUCUGAGGAAGCACCUAAAAGAAGUCACCCGGUGAGGGAAGUGAAGAGAUAUAAGGCAUUUAGAAAAUUUGCGGUUGGACCUUUUAGAGACACUCUUGUAGAAUGUAAAACUGCUACUCUGGCACCAGAAGAAGUAACCAGUGCGGAAGAUGGAGAUGGUGACAAUAGCUAUCAGGUCCUACGGAGAUCUGUAAAAGACCAUUGGAUUACAAUGAAGGAAUACUAUAAAGCUGCUUUUGAUGCAUUUUGUGAGGGUGAUCGUGUACGUACAGACAAACUUCUAGAGGAGGGACACUUCUAUAGCAGAAAGGCACAGGAAGCAGACGAGAAAUACGCUCAAAAGCUUCUUGAAGCUCAGAGUAGAGAAAAUGUGGUUUCUCUUGAUUUGCAUCACCAUGAACCCAAGGAAGCUGUACGUCUUCUAAGGCUUCAACUAACCUAUUUCUCUGGCAUCCCAGAUUUUAAGUACCUUAAGGUCAUAGUGGGAACGAAUGACACCACGGGAGCUGCCCGGAGACGACUGAUUAUAAAGCAACUGGAGAAGGAAUCAAUCAAGUGGACAGAGGAGGAGAAUGGUCGAACAAUAUGGAUCCGAUUGGAUGUAAUUGACCCAAAACGCUUGAGCUUCUCAAGAAAAAUGAGUGAAAGAAACAAGAGCUCACCUUAAGAAGAGGUGAACUUAAAAGAAGCCCAUGACAGAUGCUGCUUUUUUUGUUGUCCAUACGGGCUUUGAGAUGAACUUUUCUUUUGUGGGAAGUUGAUAAAAGAUUCUAGAAAGAUGAAAUUCAAGCAAGACUUGAU